AUGCCAUGGCUCGCCGAUUUGAAUGGAUUCCGUGAAGAGUUCUGGGCGAAAAUGUAUCUGAAUCGAAGCACUUUUCCUGCACCCGAGAGCUUGGAAGACUUAGUCGAGUCAGAAGUGGAUAAACUAGGUAGCCUAAAGCAUGGGAAGGUUUUAGUCUGUUUAACGGACCACAGUGAGCCACGUGUCUAUGGAGGAUUCUUUCUAAAACCGGGUGUGGAACUGCAGUUGCCAAUAAAUGUCUCGUUUGAUGACGUAGAGCAAGCACGACGAUUGGCGAACAACAUUGAAGUCGACCUGGGUCUGGCUAGAAAUCGGCGGAAAAUCGAAGUGAAUUCAAAGAUCGGUGAUGAGUUGAUAUCUCGGAUGAUGCUAUCAGAUUUGGCGAAGAAGUUCGUAGUGCAACGUCAACUUCAAAUAGCCAAGAAUGGUAGUCUAUUUUCCGCCCCUAUUUUUGCUUGGGUGGGAAUAUUUGGUCUCUCAAAAGUCGUUGGAAUUGCUCUUGCAGCAGUUAUUGGUGUUGCUGUUAAUAGUUUGGCUUUUAGUCGUUUUUAUCGUUCAUACAACGCUUACAGAACCAAGUGGGCUGAUGAGAGAGCUGUUGACCUAGGUACGGAUUAUCUACAAGGAGCUCGUGAAUAUUUCAACUCAACAAUGAAGUUUAACAGGUUAUUACGAGUAGUUCUAGGAGUGGAAGGUGAGAAGAAUAUUUCAAGGGAUGGAGAUCGAAAAAAAUGGAACGAGAUCGCGACGACGUUCUUGCAAACGAAAACCGGUCGGCGAGUGCGUAUAGCACUGCUUGGUCUAACUGUUAUAACUUAUCCGGUGGCUUCUGUGCUAACUAAUGGUCCAUUCGUGGAUUACAGUUUUCCCUGGAGAUAUUCGGUAGAUCAACUCCCGGAAAGGUUACAGGUAAUAGCAGACCAGGAGUAUGCACGAUUUCUGGAAGCAGAAACACGGGUCCCAAAGGAUGCUGUUGUAACACAUCACAUAGGAAAAUCUAUUGGCCAGUACGAGACGUUAGCUGCUGGUUCUUUGGGUGUUCGAACUGGAUUGCAUUUAGCUAUUCCCUUCCAUGUUAGAUUCAAGAAUGUUGAGGAGGCUCUGGAGUACUUUCGAAAGAAGGAUGUUCGCCACAUUGAAGCCCUUGGAGUUAAAGUACCGGUUAAAUGGGACACAACGGAAGGAAAGGAAUUGGCAUCCGCUUUUGUGCUGUCGGAUGAUGCUCUUCGUUUCGUAUUUCUACGAGAUUUGUUUGCACAUGAUGGUUAUUCUGCUUUAGCUGAACGAAGUAUAUCAUGGUCAACAUGGACUACAUUUACAAGUAUAUUUACGUACUGGUUGCAUAAUUCUUCUAAAAUGCUUGGGGGAACUGCGGUAUCAUUUGUAUCAUUGUACAUAUUCUUCGUUUCUGUCGCCUGGUUUGCCAACAGGCAGUGGGACUAUCUAUAUAGAUACGUAACAGAUGUCCAUGCUGACAGUGUCGCUGCUCGUUCCUCUUUCAAUCAUUGUGAAGGUGGUAAGGAAUGGUACUGGAAGCAGUUGAAGCAGUUUAGAAUUAUGCGCGACAUUUCUUAUGAUUUAAAGACUCGAGUCACAGCUUCUGGUGACAUCAAAGGAAUCCCGACUCCCAUAAUAGUUAGAUUUGAUCACCUUAAGGAUUUAAACAAAGAAGACGACGAUCUCAAGCAAGUUGUUGCUGGAGACGACUGA